GUCAGGAUAGGGGUGAUAUAACUGAAGUACACUAACGGAGUACACUAAGUACAAUUGCAUAGAAGACGCUUGAAGACUAAAAAAGGAGACGUUCGAGUCCCGAGUCCCCACACAGGUCCACGUUCCCGUUGACGUCUUGGAAACUCAGUAUUGAAUCCUUAACAACUUCUCGACCUUUUUCCAGCCUCUCCCCCCUUUCAUACCCACACCUUCCGUGUCCCGUUGAAUGGCAACACCCGGCCCUCCGACCACUUCCAUCCGGUCACCCUUGACGCGCAGAGACUUCCGCGAUUGACACGACCUGGCAAUUACACAUGCCGCCCCGAACGAGAGCGGGGGUUCAAAGCCAGAAACAAAAGGAAAAGGAGCGUUGCGCGGAGUCCAUGAACGUGUGGCUAACAGUCGGAUCUCAACUACAGCUUGCGAGCUCCUACAAUGAACUUCUCGAGGAGUUCUCGUCCAAGGAUCUCCGGAGUGUAGGCAACUAUACACUGGGGAGACUCAUUGGAAAGGGGUCCUUUGGCAAGGUCUAUCUUGCGUCACACAAGCUCACCAAUGGCUCCAAGGUGGUGCUCAAGUCCUCCAGCAAGGAGGACACCAACCUCGUGCGCGAGAUCCAUCACCAUCGCCAAUUCCUCCACCCCCAUAUUGCGCGGCUAUACGAAGUGGUGGUGACUGAGAGCCUGGUCUGGCUAGUGCUUGAAUAUUGUCCUGGUGACGAACUCUAUAAUUACCUCCUUCGCCACGGCCCGUUACCGGUAGAGAAAGUGAAGCGGAUCUUCACGCAGUUGGUGGGAGCCGUUGCGUAUGUCCACAGCAAGUCCUGUGUUCAUCGUGAUCUUAAGUUGGAGAACAUCCUUUUGGACAAGCAAGAAAAUGUGAAGCUGUGUGAUUUUGGAUUUACGCGUGAAUAUGAAGGAAAGGCCAGCUAUUUGCAGACCUUUUGUGGGACGAUAUGCUACAGUGCACCCGAGAUGCUCAAGGGAGAGAAAUAUGCUGGCGAGAAGGUGGAUGUUUGGAGCUUGGGAAUCAUCCUCUAUGCGCUGCUUGCUGGCGAGCUACCAUACGAUGAUGAUGACGACCAAGUCACAAAAGGGCGGAUUUUGGCAGAGGAGCCCACUUACAAUGACAAGUUUCCAGAUGAUGCCAAGGCAUUGAUCAACCUGCUCCUAUCAAAACGGCCAUUGAUUCGGCCAAGUCUAGAUGAGAUACUUGCGCAUCCUUUUCUCUCGGAACAUGCCCCUGAACAGCUUGCCAUAUUGAAAAUUCCAAGGCCGUCACCAUUCACCACGCCGCUGGAGAAAACCACCUUGCAGCGGAUGAAGAGUGCCGGUGUCAACAUCGACGAAGUUAUUGAGAAUGUUCUGGCUCAGCGGUGUGACCCACUGGCUGGAUGGUGGGCGCUGCUGAUUGAGAAAGAGCAGCGCAAGGAACGAAAGAGGGAACGCAAGCGACGCGAGCGGGAGGUCGAGGCUAAGAACCUGCGUCGUCUUAGCGCUGCUAGCAGUCGUCUAGAGAAGCGGUCAUCGGCUUUGAUGGACGUCGAAGAGGAAGGUCAGGCAAACUUGGGAUUGCGUGAACGUGGAAGACGGGACAGACGAAGCUUACCAUCGCAACUGGCAGUUCCGGAACUUCCUGCGCUUCCUGAACCGCUGCCGGUGUUUCCACCCGAGGCGACUACACCACCGUUGCCCAUUGAUAAAGAUUCCAUACGAUCCCACGGCUCCUCACGACGCCGCCCAGUUCCCCCGCCCAAAGACCGACGUCGAUCGCGGCCCAGCAUGCUGCAUGUUAGUGCAUCACAACCCGAGUUGACACAGCACCAUGGUAUCUUCCGACGUCGUACCAGUCGCCGCCAUCAGUAUCCGAUUCUCAGCCAGCUGGCCUCUCUUAAGCACUGGUUUGUGGAAUCAGCAAAACGAGCACGGUCUCCGCAUGCUAAAUCAAGCAACCCCCGCAAACUGUUUUCCGAAAAGUCGAGUCCGGCGAAAAGUCAGGACACUGGGAAAAAACCGGCGACUUUGUCGUCCCCGGCAAGUGAAAUCCCGGGGGAAGAAGUGGUGACACCAACCCAGGUCAAACGAAUCUCCGGUGCCAGCAGUCUCGCUCCCAGCAGUGCUUCAUACCGCCAGAACCGACACUCCUACCCUCGCCAGCCGCGUCCAUUGAAUACGGGUCACUCCAGUCAUCGCAACUCUCUUUCGCCUUCCCCCAUCACACCACGCGGCUCCUAUAGACGUUCAUCCGCCGGGCUACGAGGACGCAAAUCCACGUCGUCCUCGGUGUCCUCAAUUCGCAGCAUUCACCAUACUCGCGCUCACUCCAAGGCAUCAUCAAUUUCCUCUAAUAGCGUGGAUACAGUAUCAACACCAACUGCCAGAGCCUCUAAAUCACCCCACUCCUCUAUCAAAGUUCUGCCUACCACACCAGGUGCCUCUGCUCGUUUCCCAAGCAAUAUUCGAUUGGUAAGAGGACCGGGUGGAGCACCUCGAGAACUAGCCGAUCACGGUCAAAUGCCCUCGGCGUUCAAUGAGGUCGCACCGUCACCACUAUUAUACUCGCCCUCGUCCAGCCUGGUGUUUGCGCGACGCAAGAGAUCUGCGUUCAAGGGCCCUAUGAUCCACACAAGUAAUUUGAUGGGCGGUGGAAUGGCCAACUCACCCGUUCCUGGCCAGUCAGUAAACACCAGCGAGCCUAGCAUCACGGCAGGUCGGCCUGUUGCACGCAAGAGCCAAAUCAUCGAAGAAGAGGAAGAUGUGGAUAGAAUCGAGGAAGACGUCGAAGAAGUCGAUGGCGAUGGGUUUGUCACUGAUCCUGGCACGCCAGGCGAUGCGGUCAGUCCCUAUGACCAUCUCGAACACGCCACCCCGAGAGUCUCAAUCGACCGGGAGGCUGGAUCUCCCUCGGGUGAAAAAUCGCCGCUUGCCCCUACGCCGGGUCUUGAAAACAGUCCGCUUCGGCCUCCUCGCUCGUCUUCUUUGCGUUCGCCAACCGACGUCGCAGAGGACAAGCUAGGGACAGCCGAGUGACCGGUUCUCGACUCGACAGCUUUCUCUCCAUGACAGUUGCUUUGCUUUGCAUUACAUGCGAGCGUUUCUCGCGUUCAUACCACGAUAUCUCAUUUCUAUGUUCGGUUAGACGAUAGAUCUUUUAUACCCCCACUUACACAGCGUUCCCUGCGUUUCCAUUUCCUUCAAUUGAUCCAUCGACACCUCAUUGGACCUUAUCCAAUGAAGUGUCCUGCCCUCUCUUGUUCACCUUUCUUUGUUGUCUCCUACUUCACGAAGCGCCUGCCUGUCCU